AUGAUCACCGGUGGCUAUCGUAAUUUAGAUGAAGAAUAUUGGAUGCUCGCAAAUCACGAGAAUGUUGCACGCAUGCGCCUAAAACUCGAACCGCAAUUGUAUCCGAAUAAGCACGAGAAUGCGGCGAAUUUACGCGAUAAUGCCACAAAUGCCUACGAUCCAAGAGAAAUCUCGGAAUUCGAUUCGACCAUAAAGAAUGCCGUGGUGCGUGACUUCUUGGCCGACGAUGAGAAUUUGCAGCUCGAAGAAGNAUUCUUAAAAGAUUUCUCUCGCCUUAGAUAA